AUUCAAAUCGGAAAUACUACUAGGCAACAGAAAUUACCCAAAUUGUUAUCGAAUUGUGAGUUGAGUAAAUAAAGUAGAAACAGUAAGCAUUCGGCCUUUGGUUACUUUACGAAUAUAUUACAACUUACACUGUAGGGAUGUGCGAAGGAGUGAUAUCAAUCACACAUUUUUAUAUUGCAAUACAGCAUGUACUCUUCGCUUUGACGUCGCUGUCGUUACAUUCUCCAGAUGUCGAAUGCUUGCAUUUAUUACAGCUAGUCAUAUAUUCAUUGAUGAAGCAGAUUUCCACCUUUUCAUCUUCACCAUCAAUAAGUACUUGUGCCUUCUUGUUCGGACACAGAUUGCUUGUAGGCCAUGCAUGUGUGGCUUGCUUACAGGACGGAUACGUAAUCAUUUUCGUUUUUUUAUUAUCAGCUUUGAAUUCUUGGAGAGCUUCUUUUUUUACACCUUUUUUGACAACAAUGGCUUAG